AUGUCUUCAUCUCAGGUAGCCGCCCCCCCCAUUCAGAACAACAACACCACCACCACCACCAUCACCACUCCCACCACCCCUACGACGCCACGAAGCCUCCGCAGACCAAACACUCGCAAACUUCCAGGGCCAGGGAGAAUCCUCACAGCCUCGACACCCAACCUCAGAAGUGCAUACGUCGAUUCCUCGUCCACAUCCACCCCACCCGUCCCCUUGCUGCAGCGCAAGGGCUCGCAGGCUGCCCUGACGUCGAACUCCCUCGCUACGAUUCCUGAUGCCUCCGAGAUUUACGCCCUUGCCACCUUGAACGGUUCCUCCUCGCCCAACAACAAGAUGGCGCCCUCGCCUUUGACACCAAGGGCGGGCGCCGCGUUUGGUGGUGAUGUCACGGUGGGCGACACGGUGGACGUCCCUGGUGACAUGCAAGGAAUGGUGCGCUUUGUUGGCACGAUCCCGGGCAAGAAGGGUGUUUUUGCUGGUGUCGAGUUGCGACCCGACUUUGCGCCUCGCGGCAAGAAUAAUGGUGAUGUGGAUGGUGUAUCCUACUUUACCACAAGCAUACCAGGUGCAGGCAUCUUCCUCCCGCUGAACAAGGCCGUCAAGCGCGAACCUCCGCCGAAUUCCUCUUACUUUCCAAUGAGUUCCGUCCCUGCAAACGGUCUGAAGGCCGGCACCCAAAACUCAACAAACUACACCCCACCUACCGCAUCUGUGGCUCAGUUCAGCAAGUCGGUCGGACCGGGCCGCGCGUCGAGUCCUUUGGGAAAGAAGUCGAGACCCUCACUCUCCGGGACGGAAUCGCCAACACGCAAGCUUCAGGUCAAUCCAGGCGCACGGCCGAGCCUGGGCACUCCUGCCAAGAACAUGCCACGAUACGGAAGUCCAACACAGAACAAGUUCUCCCACAGCGCCCGAGGGCCACCGACCCCAGGCGACCCAGCCAAGAGGGGCAUGUUACAGCCAAAUCGCAACUUCAGCACGGGGCCGCGCAGCACCUCGGCUCUCUCGGCACAAAGCACAGGGCUCUCUAUAGACGAAGAGCACGUGCCUGUGGGCAACGGUAUAACGGGGCCCAGAGAACCAGGCAGGCCCUCGUCGGGGCAGACGCAGCACGGUUUAUCACGGCAGGCGGCACCCCAGGACGAGGAGAUCGAGAGGUUACGCGCCGAGGUGGCAGACCGGGACAGGCAGCUAAAGGAACAGGCAGCGACGCUGGUGGAAAUGGAGAGCAGCCUUACGGAGGUGCAAAGCCUCAUGGAGCAGGUCGAGCUGCCCGCGCCGGCCCGAAAAGACAGCCUGGAUGAUAAGGACACGGCACACCUGCGGGCACUUAUCAAGGAGAAGAACGAGAAGAUCGCGAUGCUCACGGCAGAGUUCGACACGCACAGAGCCGACUUCCGGAGUACUAUCGAUACGUUGGAGCUGGCGAGCUCAGAGACGGAGAGGGUUUACGAGAAGCGCAUAGAGGAGCUCAUGCAGGACAUACAACAUAUUUCGGAGCGGGAGAGCGAUGUGGAUGCGGUUGCGACGCAGUUGAAGCAGCUAGAGGAGCUGGUGCAGGAGCUGGAAGAGGGCCUGGAAGAUGCGAGGAGGGGCGAGGCCGAGGCGAGGGGGGAGGUGGAAUUCUUGAGAGGCGAGGAAGACCAACCCGCACUCUUCAAGGAACUUGAGCAGAAGGAGGAUGAGAUCAGAGGCCUGAAGGCCAUCAUCCACUCCCUGAGCAGAGACUCGGUGCCUGGCGAUGUCGAGCGGCCAUCCACGGGCACAGACGACACUGCAGCGAGAGAGAAGCUGGAGCGCGAGGUCGCUGAGCUCCGCGCCCUCCUCGACACUAAGAACAACCACGAGGAGGAGAUGGAGCAUGAGCUGGAAGCACUCCGCCGAGGCAGCAUGGCCACCUUGCGCGGUAACGAUCGCUCCUCGGUCCGCGACUCGCGUGACACGGUGGUCCUGGCCCAGGACUCGGAUAUACGACCGUCCGAGCCGCAGGCGCAGCGCAAGGCACACAAUCGCGUGCGGACGCUGGACACAAUGCCGUCGAGCGAUGGGCUCUCGUCCAUCACGGAGCACAGCACCCUCUGGUGUGAGCUGUGCGAGACCUCUGGGCACGACAUUCUGGGUUGCACCAACAUGUUUGGCAACCAAGGAGGCAAAGACGAGCCGGCUCUGGGCGAUGGCGGCGGACUGGCACCACCCACCGACACCGACCAUUAUAAGAUCGCGCCGCUCUCGCCACGACUGCCACUACCACCUGUGCCUCAGCCUGCAAGUAAUAUUCCAGAGAAGAUCAAGGGACCGCCACCGAGCAUGAUGGAUCCGGGCCCGGUGGCUGGCAAGGAGAGCGGUAUCAUCGACCCGGAUGCGUGGUGUGCGCUCUGCGAAAAGGACGGGCACAACAGCGUGGACUGUCCGUUCGAGGAUGCAUUUUAG